CUCUGUUUGGGAAGCUACAUCUGUGGUGGACACUAUCCACCUGUCCCUUUGGCAAUAUCAAUCUCCCAACUGACGUUUCGUACACAAACGCAUGUCUGAAGCGGACUACGACACUUGGACGAAGGAGGAGCUCAUAAGCCGCCUCGUCCAGCUCGAGAGCCACGGCAGCAGCAAACCGUCGGCCAAGGGCAAAGGCCGCGCGCAGGACGAGUCAAUCGAUUGGGCGAACGCGCCCCGGCGAAAGAUUGCGCUCAAGUUCUGCUAUGGAGGGUGGGAUUUUGGAGGUCUAGCUAUCCAGAAGGACCGGACGCCGCUGCCAACCGUGGAGGGGAAGCUGUUCGGCGCGCUCGUGCGCGCGCGCCUCGUCGAUCCGAAGGGCGGGCUGGAGGGUUGCGGCUGGGAGCGAUGUGGGAGGACAGACCGAGGGGUCAGCGCAGCGGGCCAGGUCAUCUCGCUUUGGGUACGCAGCGCGCUCUCGCAGGAGGAGCUCACGCCGACUGUCCCCACACCGAUCGAGCCCGCGCCACCAGAACCUACACCUCAGUCCUCAUGCACCGACUCUUCAGACGAUGACUUCCUCCCCGGCCUUGACACCGAAGAUAUCGGUACCCUCGCACACCCACCCGCAAAGGCCACCCCCACAGAGGAGCACCCCUUCAUAUACAUGAUCAACCGCCACCUCCCCGACACCAUCAAAAUCCUCGCCUGGUCUCCUGUCGACCCCUCUUUCUCCUCGCGCUACUCGUGCACCUGGAGGCACUACAAGUACUUCUUCUCCCCCGUCGGACUCGAUGUCGCUGCCAUGCGCGCCGCGUGCGCGUACCUCCCCGGCACGCACGACUUCCGCAACCUCUGCAAGAUCGACCCGACGAAGCAGCUCGACCAGUUCCGCCGCGAUAUUCUGCACGCGAGCAUCUCGCCCGUCGACGCGAGCAAUCCUGGCGGCAUGCACGUCUUCGACCUGAAGGGCUCAUCGUUCCUCUACCAUAUGGUACGCAACAUCAUGGGCGUGCUGCUGUCCAUUGGCGCGCGACUCGAGCCCCCGACGCUGCUCCCGGCGCUCAUGAACGUUGCCCCGGGCGUGGAGCCGACGACAGGUCCGCCACCUGCAGAGCCGUUGCCCGUCGUCGAGUGCCGCCCCGAGUACAUGAUGGCAGACGCGCUGCCGCUGACGCUCUGGGACUGCGGCUAUCCCGAGGGCGCGGUCAACUGGCAGCCCGAGACGCGCGACUCGCACUCGAUGGUGUACCGCGCGCUGGACUCGACUGCGGAACGCUCGCUCAUCCAGACGACGCUGUGGCAGCACUUUGUCGAUGCGGGGAGGCUGUUAAACCAUGGGCCAGAGCCGAAUCAGACGGUGCUUAGCCGCGUGCUGCCGGGGCCGCAACUACGCGCCGUCAUUCCGUUAGAGCACAGCGCACCGACGACGACAUCUGGCGAUGAAGCUGCCGCGCCAGCGGUCAUUGUGGAGGACGCAGCCCUCUCUGCUCCUCGCAACGUCUUCAUCCCCCUCGGAGGCGGCACGCACCGCAAGAUGAUGUCCGCCAAGUACGUGCCGGUCUUGCAGCGCAACCGCCUCGAGCAUUUCGAGGUGCAGAACGCGCGGUGGCGGGAGAAGGCAAGGCAGAAGGGGCUGAAAAUCCCAGAUCAUGCGCCCGAGGAUGCGGAGGAGUAGACGCGAUCCAGGGACAAGCCUGCCUGGUGCAGCUCGGCACACGAGAGAGCAGCAUAGCCAGCAUGUAUAGACAAAAUGGCGCGCCUAUGUGACGUGACCAGUGAACACGAACAAUGAGCAGGCCCAGUCGGCGAUUGCCGGAACACCUUGUCCAGAA